AUGAGUUCAAAAAUACACUCAGUUGAUGUGGAAAAAGAUGCUUUCUCAAAUGCUAUUCCUGAGAUUGAAAUUCUGAAGAGAAGAAAGAAAGAAGAAAUAGAGAAACAACAAGUUCUUGAAAUACAGGAACUUGAAAAAGCAAGCAAGAUUCUUGGAAAGCAGUGUCUGAGUGAGAUGAAUGAAGAAGUUCUGUUAAUUCUUCAUGCUCAGGCCAGACAACUACAGGAGAUGAUCAAGUUCAAACUUGAAAUCUCAAACACAGUUCAAAAAACCUUGAAAAUUCCUAGUACAAUCACUGACUCUUCAUCUUACUCUUCUUCUUCCUUUCUUCCUACUUCUUCUUCUUCUUUGAAUCAGAAGAAAACAUAUGCUCAAGCAGCUGAAUCUGCUGUCUCUAAACCUGCUGUCUCAAAAUCUGCUCAAAAUCCUGAGAAAACUGAGAAGAAUACUGCUCAUGUCUCUAUUCAUAGAAAAGUGGAAAAGAAAAUGUAA